AUGCAACAGAGAGCGAGAGCUACCGAGAGGGCUUUACCGACACGUGAUGUUCGGAAAGUCAUGUCUCAAUCACUAUCGGAUUCGAGUGAUGAAAGUGCUCUUCCGACGCAUGUUGUGUCUGGCGGUGCUUCUCGGCGUGUGGGGCGAGUCAGUGAUGAUGACUACAAGGCGUCAUCAUAUGAGGAAACAGAUACGUCGGAUGACUGGUUUUCUGACAACAGCGAGGAUUACGUUCCGUUGGCGUUUGACUACAUCAACAGCAACCCAAGGCGUCAUGCUGGCGCGCCAGCUUACUCCAAGGUUCCAUCUGGCCUGGAGGAGGUCGGGGUGCACGAGAGCAUUUCUUUCUCCGAUAUACCGCUUGAAGUCUAUGUUGAGCGUGGCCGAACACACCGGCACUGUGGUCCUGGGUCCAAGGAUUCAAACCACGCUGAAGUGACAUCUUUGAGUAGCAACGACGAAUAUGAGGAUGACAUUUCCUCGACGACUUCCGAUGCCCUUUCGGUCGGGUUUGAGAGACGAAAGAGGUUUCACAAUGUCGGGAAAAUAAAACCACACACGCACGAGGCGUCGGAUGCGGAAUCGUCCGUCUUCCUUUCCGAUGAAGAGGAGGCCCCGUUAAACGCCCAGCUCAUUCACACCUUGAUUAAGCGCUUGCGCAACCCUUCGGAUGAGGUUUUAUUGGAGGCCUUCGACUUCGUGGACUUUAGUGAUGAGAACUUCAAAGAGGAGCUUGAGCCACUCAAGCAGAUCAGGGAGUUGCUGGAGAAGAAGGCAAGCAGUCCCAUUGCAGCUGUCACGAAGUGUGACCGUGAGGUUAAGAAGGCUGUUCAGUCUCUUCCGCCGGAAAAGGCUAUCGCCGCUAAAUUGAAGGCUAUCAAGAGUCGUCAAAUUAGAUCUUCACAGUCGCAGAGUCGGUUAUACACUGGUGGAGAAACAGAAAUGGAGAAGGCGGAGCCAAUUUCAGACCUCGUGCGACGCCUGAAGGAACCGAAUACGCAAGUGCCACUACAUGUCCUUGAUGGGGUAAAUCGGAACAGUCAGAGUUUCGACAUCAUGCACGCCUUGCAAACGCCGAUCCAUGCGUACAUGGAGGCGAAAGAAGUUCUGCAACAGACAUUGGGUGAGAAUGUGAUGAGUACUCAAUCGACGUUGGAUGACCAAAUCAAGACGACUAUUAUGUCUUUGCCAUCCGAAGAGGCUGUCGCAGCGGCGAAGCGCGCAGUGAAGAGCUACACCAUGCCGAGCAGCUCAUCCAACGGCGAUGCCAUUCGCCAUUUGGUAGCACGCCUGAAGGAAUCAGGCCAGUCUGUUGAGCAGUGUGAGUUUGAAAAGCUGGACUGGAAUGACCGCAACUUCAGCCGGGAGCUGGAGCCACUGCAGCAGAUUCGUACGUGCAUGGAGGCGAAGGAGGCUCUGCAACAGACGUCGAGCGAGAAUGUGAUGGCUAUUCAAUCGGCGUUGGAGGAUCAAAUCAAGACGGCUAUCAUGUCGCUGCCACCUGAAAAAGUGACUGCUGUGAAAACGCAGAUUCUGAAGAUGCGUGAAAGGGCUCUCACAAAAGCACAAGGUCCACAGGCGGUGAAGGUCGGGAAACUCUCUGCUUCGGCUGGGACAAUGAAGAGACUGGAGGAUAGCGUUAUCAUGUCCAAUCCCAAGAAAAAGUGGAAGACAAAGGAGGGCGAACUGUCGGCCUCGAGCUGCCAGGUCAAGCAAGUGGACUUGGGGAUAAUUUCGUCGCAGCAGCCGGCAUACGCAGCAAAGGAGAGUACCGCCCUGUUGGCCCCUGCGAAGAAAACGCGUCGCACCCGCAGGAGAUGCGACCGCCGCGUUUCAAUCUCAAACGUGCAAGACGAUACUCCUCCCGGCGAGAUAGUUGAGAAUGAUCAGGAGCUCCCAGAGAGCGGCGAAUCGCCACUUUUGGAGGCUGGCACAACGCAACGACGCCUUUCGCACGUGCCGUCUCGUCCUGCUGGGAUGAAGAAGCGUGAGCGGCGCCCUCGAAACUGCCGACAGGGAAGCAACAUCUCAUUUGGGAGCGUUCCUAUGGAGGAGCCUGGGGUGAUUCAAGAGGAAGAGGACAAGCUGGUGGGGAUCAAGCGCAAAACCAGGCGCCGCCGCGCACCUCACAAACUUGGCCGCAGCCUCUCUAUGACUAGCCUCCCCGACUUGGAAGCUGACGAGGUGUUUGAGGAGCCGACGCUGCCGGCUGGCAAGUCAGCGACGCCAUCGAACACGAGAAACGUUACACCAGCCCCUCUGGCGAUUGGCACAAAAGCAAAGCCGCGACGGCUGCGUCCCGAUCCCCACGGCGGCAGCACCCAGUUUGGCCAACCCCCAAGCCAGGUGGACGGUGAUCUGAAGGACGACAAGACGGCUCCUCAGGGUAAGGCACACUCUGUCUCGCAGAGGAAGAAACGCCGUGCGAGGGUGAACCAUAACAGCCGGUCGUGCAGUUUCCUGGAGGUGGUCGUGGAGGAGGCACGUGAGAUUCAGGAUGGGAACUUCACUGAGCUAAAGGGUGCCGAGCCGCAGCACGAAUCGUUACCACCUAAGAGGUCGAAAAGGCUCCUGCGUCGGUGUAGGCCUGGUGGCAGAGGCAACGGUCGUGCUCUGGACUACAGCGAACCAGAGAUAGGAGAGGCUGACCAGCUGGGCGAUGCUCAGUGUUUCAACGCUCUACCAGUGAAGGGUCGGUGGGCGAACGUGCAUCGCACACGCAGCACACACACUUCCAUGAUCGUCGAGCUGGAAAGCGGCGAGAUCGUGGAGCGGCCAGAUGAAACACAGAUCCUGUACGCCUCCUCAGGUGGAGGCACCCCUCCCCCUGAUGAGGCGAAUGCCAGGCGUGUCACUGGUCGAGUCAUUCCAGCCAAGGCCCAGAAGCUGUCGGACAGGACGUUUGGCCUCGCGUCUACCGCACGGAGGCGCCGGCAGCGACUUCACAUGAGCAAGGAGUUGAGUGUCUCGGCCAUUCCGGAGGACCUGGCAGGUGAGAUCGUUGAGAAAGUACCGGACUUGCUCGCCGCAACAGCUCCUGUAAGCGGUUCUUUCUCGAAUGGACGUCUGCCAAAGGCAUUCGAGGGACCAGCAAGGCUUUUGCCUCUGUUGAAUGGCACUGAGCGAGGUCCCUUGCGCUACGCCGACCCUCCUACCUCCUCUCUGAGGUUGUCUAAGAAGAGUCGUAGUGGAGUUAUGAUGCCAAGGGUGGACGUUUCUUUUAUUCUAGAGACGAUGUCCAACACACCACCGCCUCCGUUCAACACUCUCCGUCGAUCAGCGGAGGCAGCUUCCUGUGGUGCCAUGGUGGCCGCCAAGGCACCUGGCGGGGCUCAGUGA